AUGAAAUUUAUUUUAAAUCUCGUUACUAUUUUAGUUGCUACUUUUGUUGCAACAUUUUUAUGUAGAAGAACAAGUUGGAAUGGCCGACCUAUAACAAUUAAACUAAUUCCAAUAUCUUAUGAAGCUGUAGUAGUUGCCAAGUUUUGUCUUCGUAUGUUUGAUAAAAAAACUGGAAUAAGACAUAGAGUUCGUAGAGUUAUAUAUGCCAUUAAAAUAAUUACUGAAUUUGGUAAAAAUGUUAGCAUUGUUUUUAGAGCAAGUGAUAGAGAAAACAAUACAAAUAAACUACUUUAUGAAGGAGAAUAUUAUCGUCCAUUUUUAGAUAAAAAAACUAAAAAGUAUGGGCGUAAAAUAUGCAUUCCUGCAUUGUAUAAUGGAACAGGAGUAAAAGUUGAACCAUUAGAAACUACAACUCUUCCUCCAAAAUAUGCAGAGUUGUUAGAAAAAUGUAGAGGUAUUUAUCCCUAUGAAUAA